CCCUGCUCGGCUUUCUUCUACUCUUCUUUCCAGCAGCCUUCUCCUCCUAGAUCUUCCGUGCACCAAGCCAUGAAAUCGCUGGUUGCUCUGGUGCUCUUGGCUCAGCUUCUCAGUUGCAAAGCUGGGUUGGUUCCAGACAUCCCUCCAGAAGUCCUUCCCCACAAACAUCUCGCCUGUGAUGACCCAGAGACUGAAGCAGCUGCUGCUGUAGCAGUGAACUACAUCAAUAAUCGCCUUAAGCAUGGAUAUAAACUUGUCCUCAACAGGAUUGAAAAGGUCGUUGAGCACGAAAGGAGACCACAUGGAAAGAUACUGGAACUUGAGUUGGACUUACUAGAGACUGUAUGCCACAUUGUGAGCCCAAUGCCUGCUGAAAAUUGUACAGUUCGGGAGCGGACACAGCACGCUGUUGAAGCAGACUGUGACGUUAAGCUGCUCAAGGAUAACGGACCUUAUAAGGUGCUGCUCAGUAAAUGCCACUCCUCUCCAGAUUCACAUGAGGAUUUGGUGAAAUUCUGCCCCAAUUGCUCACCUCUGUCGCUUCUGAAUGACUCAAAUGUGGUGAACACUGUUAAUGCUGCACUGGCCAAGUACAAUGCUAUCAAUACCACUCAGGGCCACUACGAGCUCCUUGAAAUUGCUCGAGGGCAGCACAGCCAUUUGGCCAACAGUUGGUACGUGGAGUUUGCCAUUAUCAACACCAAUUGCUCAGCCCAGCAUGCGAAGGAACAUAAAGAAGACUGUCAUGUGGAAACAGGCGAGAACCAACACUUUGGGUUCUGUAAAGCAACCUUUACCAAGAGCCUUGUAGAGGGCACUGAGGAUCAUCAGGACGUGGACUGCAUCGUCUAUGACCAUCAGGCUGGAGUUGCCCACGUUCACUUGAUCGAGGAACAUUUAAAAGGAAACCUUGGGCAAGCCGGAAGAGGCUAUACUUUCCAUAACAUCAUUCAUUCCCACAAUAGCACAAGCCAUUCACAUUCCCACUCCGAUGAAGUCGUACCGGUCGAAAAAGUAAGCGCCCUGGUGAAGAGAGCAGUCUUUGUAGCGCUGCCGGACUGUCCUGGAAGGUAUCGGCAUUAUGAUAUCUAAGACAGCCUCUCAAAGUGCUGAACCCGGUGAUGAAUGAGAGGACCUGUAUGGUAUCCCAUGGGUAAGAACCUGUAGAAACCAUGGGACCAACCUGGGAGAGGAAUCACAUUCCAUAUCAUCCUGUGUGAGCUCAGAUUCUUAAAUCCAGAGAAAUGUUACCCUGAUGAGUUACAGCACAUAUCAAGGGUCAACUCUCUGUUAUCAUAAGGGUUAUGUUUAUUUUGCCAAGUUACUGCUUUCAGCCUCUUCCACCUUAGGGCCAAGUUAGAAGCGACAAAUUACACUUGAAUGGCAAGUGAACAAACUCACAUGUAUUCCUCCCUGUUCACUUGCGCUCCACGCAAUUGUGUGGAGCGCAAGUGGAGUGCAACUGAACAUGGAGGAAUACAUGUGAGUCUGUUCACUUGCCAUUCAAGUGUAAUGCGUCACUUGUAGCUUGGCUCAUAGUUGCAUCUCUCUUCAUGGAACAUGGUUCUUCUAAUACUUACUGUUAAUGCAGAAGAGAUGCAGGUUGGGCCAGCUGAAAUCUUAGGAGGAGGAGAGCUGAAUGAAAUACCCAUUUGUCUAGGUGGUCUUUGUACCUCUCCCUGGCUAGCAAAAAAAUAUUACAUAAAUUAAAGAAUGGCAGGCUAAUUUGGAUGCUGGAUUCAGGUUGCAAGUGAAUGUUGCUCUACUCCAGGGACAGUUCUCUUGUUUUAGAAAGGCUGAGCACACGCAGCUUUGCAAGAUAGGCAACUCGGAAAGCAUAUCAGGCGUAUUCUUUAACUCCAGGAAUUAUUAUUCUUUUUUUUCUCCCUUUUUGUAAUGUCUAAAAAAGCAUUGUCUGGAAUGCUGGAAAAUAAGAGAACCAAACCACAGUGCUUCAUAAAUAAAGCAUUCAGAUAAAAAAAAA